AUGGAAAUUCAUAAGAUUGCAAGAAUACUUACAGUUUUUUAUUUCAUUUACAGCUCUAAUGGGCCGACUGGAUUUACGAUCCAUGGACUUUGGGCAGAUUAUAAUGAUGGAGCCUGGCCUUCAUGUUGUAGUGGGAAGAAAUUUGAUGCCAAAGAGAUUUCUACAUUGCUUGAUGCUUUGAAUAAAUAUUGGCCAUCGUUAAGCUGCGGUUCUUCAUCAAACUGCCACGAAAAACAUGGAACUUGUUCCUUUUCAGUUACUGGCGAUGAAUACAAUUACUUCUUGACAGCACUUAAUCUUUACUUCAAAUAUAAUGUCACUGAAGUUCUGAGAGAAGCUGGAUAUGUAGCAUCUAAUUCUGAAAAGUAUCCUUUGGGAGGCAUUAUUACAGCCAUUCAAAAUGCUUUCCAUACAACCCCUCAACUCCAAUGCUCGGGUUUAGUAGAUUCAUGUAAUUCUCCCAUCAACCUCCAAAGCUCUAAUUUUCCCUUUGAUACCACUUCUCUCCAAUGUGUCUCUGUGUGGACUUCUCAAAACUUCAUCCUCAGGUACGCUCAAGCGUCACAAAACGUGUGGAACUUUUUGCUGUCAGCACCCAACCAGAAUGCCUACGUGGCCAUCGGGUUUUCGCCCGACGGCAAUAUGAUCGGGUCGAGAGCCAUUGUCGGGUGGGUCGGGUCAGACGGGGUUUCCACCAUGCGAAAAUACUUUUUAGGAGGGAAAUCGCCAAAUCUUGUCACGGUCGAACAACCUAACCAAGGCUUAUUGCAAGUUGGUAACCAAUCCAUGGUUGUUCAGUCGAGUCAAAUAUACAUGGCCUUUCAGUUGCUGAGCGACUCGCCCAGCACGCGUCUGAUAUACGCAAUCGGGCAGACGGGUCGACUGCCCGUCGGCCCGAACUAUCAAUUGUCUCAACACCAAUCGAUGAUUUCCACGGUUCUUAAUUAUGCCACAGGUCAAUUUCAAUCACAAACAAGCACAGAAUCAAGCCUUCGAAGAAGCCAUGGGCUGCUGAACAUGUUGGGCUGGGCUAUUUUGAUGCCUAUCGGGGCAAUGGUAGCCCGAUAUAUGAGGAAAUGGGAUCCCAUUUGGUUUUAUUCUCACGCUGCCAUUCAGUCAUUGGGCUUCAUAUUGGGCCUCAUUGGUAUUAUCUGUGGUUUGGUCUUGGAAAAUCGCCUCAAUGUCUCUGUUAACAGGCACAAAGGCAUUGGUAUUACCAUCUUCGUGAUGGGUUGUCUCCAGGUUAUUGCAAUAUUGGUUCGACCGGACAAGACGUCUAAAGUGAGGAAAUACUGGAAUUGGUACCAUUUUGGUGUGGGAAGGGCAUUGAUAUUUUUGGCAGCAGUUAAUGUGUUUUAUGGGAUCCAUUUGGGCAAUGCAGGAUCCAGUUGGAAUGCUGGUUAUGCUGUUGUUCUUGUCACCUUAUUCAUAAUUGCUCUUAUUUUAGAGCUGAGGAGGAUCUUUAGAGAGUGA